ACUUCCACCAAACAAACGACGGAUUUUUCUAUGCUCGUACCUAUUUUACUAAACCAAAUCACAAAAUCCGUCAAAUCUCCCAAUAACCGGCGUUUUUCAGCAACUUCAAGAAGAAUUCCAUCUGGAUUCCCUCAAAAGGUAAGCUACUAAACCCCAUUUAUUCCUAAUAAUCGCUAUGGACAUUGCUUUAUCUCCUUAUCAGAACAAAUCAGUUGUCGAAAGCAGCUCUUUACCCUCAACAGAUGUUAAAAACAUUCAAGAAAGACCCUUAGUUUCUGGGCCUCACUUGUUAAACAUAAGAAAACACAAAACACAUGCAUCUAGGAUUACUUGUUCUUUUGUAGAACAUGGAUUGCAUCCGAAACCGAAACCGAAGCCGCUGAAAAGUGGUUACGAGGUUGUAAAGAAAGAAGCUAGUUUAGAAGAGUCUAGACAGAUGAAAGGAUCUGGUUCUAGUUCUGGACUUUGUGGCCAGAUUGAGAAAUUAGUUCUUUGUAAAAGAUAUAGAGAUGCACUUGAAAUGUUUGAGAUUUUGGAAAGUGAGUGUCAGUAUGAUGUUCAUGUUGGUAAGAGUACUUACGAUGCGUUAGUGGAUGCUUGUAUUAGUUUGAAGUCGAUUAGAGGGGUUAAACGAGUGUUCGGUUAUAUGGUUAAUAGCGGGUUUGAGCCGGAUUUGUAUUUGAGGAAUAGAGUUUUGUUGAUGCAUGUGAAAUGUGGGAUGAUGAUUGAUGCACGCAUGUUGUUCGAUGAAAUGCCUGAAAGAAAUUUAGUUUCUUGGAACACGAUAAUGGCGGGGCUUGUGGAUUCUGGAGAUUAUAUGGAUGCGUUUCGGUUGUUUUUAAGUAUGUGGGAGGAACAAUCUGAGGCUAGUUCGCGUACUUUUGCUACAAUGAUGCGUGCAUCUGCAGGGCUGGAGAUGAUAUUUCCGGGACAACAGUUGCAUGCGUGUGCUAUAAAAAUGGAUGUGAGUCAAGAUAUCUUUGUAUCGUGUGCACUGAUUGACAUGUAUAGCAAAUGUGGUAGCAUCACGGAUGCCCAAUGUGUUUUCGAUAUCAUGCCUGAGAAAACUACCGUGGGUUGGAACACAAUCAUUGCGGGUUAUGCACUUCAUGGGUAUAGUGAGGAGGCUUUGGAUCUUUAUUACGAGAUGCAAGAUUCCGGUGUUAAAAUGGACCACUUCACUUUCUCAAUGAUAGUAAGAAUCUGCACACGGUUAGCUUCAUUGGAACAUGCCAAACAAGCACACGCGGGGCUCGUUCGUCACGGUUUCGGGCAAGACAUAGUUGCCAACACUGCACUUGUUGACUUCUAUAGUAAAUGGGGAAGACUCGAUGAUGCACGCAACCUGUUCGAGAAAAUGCCUCUUAAGAAUGUCAUUUCAUGGAACGCGUUAAUUGCUGGAUACGGUAAGCAUGGUCGCGGAAUUGAAGCUUUAGAGUUAUUCAAGCGUAUGAUUGAUGAAAGAAUGACCCCAAAUCAUGUCACUUUUCUUGCUGUUUUAUCGGCUUGUAGCUAUUCGGGUUUAUCAGAUCAAGGAUGGGAGAUAUUUGAAUCGAUGGGCACGGAUUUUAAAGUGAAGCCUCGAGCCAUGCAUUAUGCGUGUAUGAUCGAGUUAUUAGGUCGUGAAGGGCUUUUGGAUGAAGCGUUUGCUUUGAUUAGAGAUGCACCGUUUAAGCCGACAGUCAAUAUGUGGGCUGCUUUGUUGACAGCGUGUAGGGUCCACAAGAAUUUCGAGCUCGGGAAAUUCGCAGCAGAGAAAAUAUACGGUAUGGAACCAGAAAAACUCAGUAAUUACAUUGUACUAUUAAACAUAUACAACAGUUGUGGAAAACGUGAAGAGGCUGCUUCGGUUUUCCAUACGUUAAAAAAGAAGGGCUUGAGGAUGUUGCCUGCGUGUACGUGGAUAGACGUCAAGAAACAACAACAUAUGUUUAUUUCGGUAGAUAAAUCCAAAUCCGAUGUUCAGAUUAUUAAGAAUUUGAAGAAAUUGAUGUUGAAGAUUGCGAAUCACGGUUAUGUUCCGAAGAAAAACUCGUUGCUUCCGGAUGUCGAUGAACAGGAAGAACAGAUGUCACUGUACCAUAGUGAGAAACUUGCGGUUUCUUAUGGGCUGAUGAAUACAACAAGUUCAACACAAUUGCAACUUGUGCAAAGUCACCGGAUUUGCGCUGAUUGCCACCUGGCGGUGAAGUUGAUGACUAAGGCAACGGGACGAGUGAUUGUCGUGAGAGAUGCUAGUAGAUUUCAUCGUUUUGAAGACGGGAAAUGUUCUUGUGGUGAUUAUUGGUGAAGGACAUUCAUAAGUUUGUGCUUUGAUACUUGCACAACUGAUUUUUGUUUUCUUAUAACAGUUUCUAUUCUAUUGUAUAACAGAACAUUAGGAACCAGUAUAGAUAUUGUUGUUACAUCAUGUUUUGUAGUACAAAUGGAUUUGAAUAUGCUUAUCAACUAAGUUCUUGUUUCAUGUUUUGUAUGCAA